CCGAGGGCGCAGCCAGCCGGGCAGACCGCGGACAGCGGUCGGGACGCCGCGCCAUGGGUCGAGCCGAGGGCGGGGUCCCGGGUCGGGGGCCGCCGCCGCUGCUGCUGCUUCUGGGGGCCACGCUGGUCCUCGCCACUGGGGCCGCACCGGUGCGUGAGGCGGGCAGAGCCGUCGAGGCAGACAGGCAGGUGAAGAGAGUCCUGGCAUGGGAGCCGCGUGCUAACGACACGCGGGAGAAGGCCGGCCCACCAGCAGCUGGGGAAGAUGAGACCUCUCGGACUGCGCCCGGCGGCGAGCAUGCGGUGGUGGGCCCUGGGGUCGGGCCAGAGGAGGCUCUGGAGGCAUCGGCGGCGGUGACAGACACAACCUGGCUGGAGGCGGACAACCCAGGCCUGGGCGGAGUGACGGCAGAGGCGGGCAGCGGCGACACCCAGGCCCUUCCAGCCACGCUCCCGGCUCCCGACGAGGCCCUCGGGCAGUCAUCGACGCCCCCCGCCACCCCCGAGGCUACAGAGGCCAACGGGCCACUCUCCCCCACUCCUGGCGACAAGCUGAGCCCAGACCCUGAACUCCCCAAGGAGAGCCCCUUGGAGGUUUGGCUGAACCUGGGAGGCAGCACACCUGACCCUCAUGGGCCAGAGCCCACGUACCCCUUUCAGGGCACACUAGAGCCCCACACGGCGUCAGAUAUAAUUGACAUCGACUACUUCGAAGGAUUGGAUGGUGAGGGCCGUGGCGCCGACCUGGGGAGCUUCCCUGGGUCUCCAGGUACCUCAGAGCACCACCCUGAUCCUGGGGAAGAGACCCCUUCCUGGAGCCUGCUUGACUUAUACGAUGACUUCACCCCCUUUGAUGAAUCUGAUUUCUACCCUACCACAUCCUUCUAUGAUGACUUGGAUGAAGAAGAGGAGGAAGAGGAGGAUGACAAGGACGCAGCAGGAGGCAGAGACCUGGAAGAUGAAAAUGAAAAUGACCUUCUAGUGCCCACUGAAAAACCUGGUCUGGGGCCCGGGACAGGCCAGCCCACCGGUCGGUGGCAUGCUGUCCCUCCACAGCAUACUCUGGGGAUGGUCCCCGGCAGCAGCAUCGCCCUCAGGCCCCGCCCAAGAGAGCCAGGCAGGGACCUGGCCCCAAGCGAGAAUGUCACUGAGUGCCGCAGUGGCUUUGUGCGACAUAACGGCUCCUGCCGGUCAGUGUGCGACCUCUUCCCAAGUUACUGUCACAAUGGCGGCCAGUGCUACCUGGUGGAGAACAUAGGGGCCUUCUGCAGGUGCAACACACAGGACUACAUCUGGCACAAGGGGAUGCGCUGCGAGUCCAUCAUCACUGACUUCCAGGUGAUGUGUGUGGCCGUAGGCUCGGCCGCCCUUGUGCUGCUCCUGCUCUUCAUGAUGACGGUGUUCUUCGCCAAGAAGCUCUAUCUGCUCAAGACAGAGAACACCAAGCUGCGCAGGACCAACAAAUUCCGGACCCCAUCUGAGCUCCACAAUGAUAACUUCUCCCUCUCCACCAUUGCUGAGGGCUCUCACCCAAACGAUGAUUCUAGUGCUCCCCAUAAAAUCCAGGAAGCUCUCAAGUCCUGCCUGAAAGAGGAGGAGCCAUUUAACAUUCAGAACUCCAUGUCGCCCAAACUCGAGGGUGGCAAAGGUGACCAGGCCGACUUGGAGGUGAAUUGUCUUCAGAACAACUUAACCUAAAGCAGAGCAAAAAGAGAG